AUGAAGUGGUUGGGAGAAUCCAAGAACAUGGUGGUGAAUGGCCGGCGACAUGGAGGCAAGCUGUCCAAUGAGCAUCAGCAGAAUCAACCGAAGGUGCCGCACUCGGGGAAGGACUCUGUGAAGGCUGGCAGACACGCAGUGGAGAGGAGGUCCAGCAGAUGUAAUGGUAACUCAGGAUUCGAAGGACAGAGUCGAUAUGUGCCAUCUUCUGGAAUGUCCGCUAAGGAACUCUGUGAAAACGAUGACCUAGCAACCAGUUUGGUUCUUGAUCCCUAUUUAGGUUUUCAGACACACAAAAUGAAUACGAGCAGCGCCUUUCCUUCGAGGAGCUCAAGGCACUUUUCAAAGUCUGACAGUUUUCCUCACAACAGCCCAGUGAGAUUCCGGCCUAUUAAAGGAAGGCAAGAAGAACUGAAGGAAGUCAUUGAGCGUUUUAAGAAGGAUGAGCACUUGGAGAAAGCCUUCAAAUGUUUGACUUCCGGCGAAUGGGCGCGACACUAUUUCCUCAACAAGAACAAAAUGCAGGAGAAACUAUUCAAGGAACACGUGUUCAUUUACUUGAGAAUGUUUGCAACUGAUAGUGGAUUUGAAAUACUGCCUUGUAAUAGAUACUCAUCAGAACAAAAUGGAGCCAAAAUAGUUGCAACGAAAGAGUGGAAACGAAAUGACAAAAUAGAAUUACUGGUGGGUUGUAUUGCCGAACUUUCAGAAAUUGAGGAGAACAUGCUGCUUAGACACGGAGAGAACGACUUCAGUGUCAUGUAUUCUACCAGGAAAAACUGUGCUCAGCUCUGGCUCGGCCCGGCCGCGUUUAUAAACCAUGAUUGCAGACCUAACUGUAAGUUUGUGUCAACUGGUCGAGAUACCGCGUGUGUGAAGGCUCUGAGAGACAUUGAACCUGGGGAAGAAAUCUCUUGUUAUUAUGGAGAUGGGUUUUUUGGAGAAAAUAAUGAGUUCUGCGAGUGUUACACGUGUGAAAGACGAGGAACUGGUGCUUUUAAAUCCAGAGUGGGACUGCCUGCGCCUGCUCCUGUUAUCAAUAGCAAAUAUGGACUCAGAGAAACAGAUAAACGUUUAAAUAGGCUUAAAAAGUUAGGUGACAGCAGCAAAAACUCAGACAGCCAAUCUGUCAGCUCUAACACUGAUGCAGACACCACUCAGGAAAAACACAAUGCAACUUCUAGCCGAAAAUCUUCAGUUGGUGUGAAAAAGACCAGCAAGAGCAGAACAUUAACAAGGCAAUCUAUGUCAAGAAUUCCAGCUUCUUCCAACUCUACCUCAUCUAAGCUAACUCAUCUGAAUAAUUCCAGGGUACCAAAGAAACUGAAAAAGCCUGCAAAGCCUUUCCUUCCGAAGGUAAAAUUAAGAAACCAUUGCAAGCGGCCGGAGCAGAAGAGUGGGUCAGGAAAGCUCGAGAUGGGAAACUUAGUCCUGAAAGAGCCGAAAGUGGUUCUCUAUAAAAAUUUGCCCCUUAAAAAAGAUCAGGAGCCAGAGGGACCAAUGCCAGCCACAGCGGCUAGCGGGUGCUUAACCAGACACGCGGCGAGAGAGCACAGACAGAAUUCGGGGCGAGGGGCCCCCUCGCCAGGGGAGGGCGCCCCCAGCGCCUACCCCACCAGGCGGUCUGCACGGACGAGAACGGUUCUGAAGGAGCCCUCUGACAUCAAGCUUGAACCAAAUACUCCGGACGGCUAUGAAAGCAGCGUGACCGAGCCGGGCCCGGAGAGCGAGCACCCGCCGCCUGCGGCGCAGGAGGAGGAGGAGGGAGAGCUGGGGGCUGAGGCCGCGCACAGCGGGGAGGCCGGGUGUCCGCGGGGCGAGGGCAGCCUUGUGAAAAAGAAGUCACGGCCAGGGAAGCUCGUGAGACAGUUGGCCAAGGCGGGGGAGUGCCCUCCGGAGCACAGUCCCCCCGGGAAGGCCGGGGCGGGGCCCAGCGUGCCGGGGUCCCUCCCCGAGCGGGGCGAGCACAGCGCCCCCGAGGGGCUGCCCGGCAGCUACACGGACUGGGCCCCUUCGCCCGCCGCGGACGGCUCGGCGGGGACGGCGGACAGCUUCAGGACAAGGGACGGCUUCAGGGCUGCGAAGAGCAAGAAGAAGAGGCGCAUCACGCGGUAUGACGCCCAGCUCAUCCUGGAGAACAGCUCCGGGAUCCCCAAGCUGACGCUGCGCCGGCGGCACGACAGCAGCAGCAGGACCAGCAACCCGGAGAGCGACGGGAUGAGCGCCUCCAAAAUCAGCAUCAAGCUGAGCAAAGACCACGAAAACGACAGUAACCUCUACGUAGCAAAGCUCAACAACGGGUUCAGCUCGGGGCCGGGCAGCAGCGCCACCAAGCUGAAGAUCCAGCUCAAACGCGGCGAGGAGGGCCGGGGGCCGUGCGCCGAGGGGCGGCGCGAGAACGGGGUGUGCUGCGGGGACCCGCUGGCCCUGCUGGAGUCGCAGGUGGAGGUGGGCGACUGCAGUCAGCACGAGGAAGACAGCACGGACGCCGCCGCCUCCUCCUCCGAGGAGGAGGACGACGACGACGACGACGACUUCGAAGACGACUUCAUUCCCCUCCCGCCCGCCAAGCGGCUGAGGCUCAUCGUCGGGAAAGACUCCAUCGACAUCGACAUUUCUUCCCGAAGGAGAGAGGAUCAGUCCUUGAGGCUUAACGCGUGA